AUGCGUGAUGAAGUGGGUGAUGUGGUUAUUUUGACAUGCCUUCGAGUGGAGGGUAGCUUUGAAGCUGAUGUAGCAGAGGCUCUUGCGAUGCGGCAUGCCUUGAGUAUCACACUGGAGUCGGGGUUCCGUAAAGUUUGUUUGGAAACCGAUUGUUUAAAGCUCCAUAAUCAUUUGAUAAAGGGAGUAGAGUCUCCUACGACUUUUGGUAUGAUAGUGAAGGAUAUCAGGGCUCUAGCUAGCUUGUGUCAGUCUGUGUCUUUCUCUUUUGUAAAGAGGAGUGGUAACUGUGUUGCCCAUGGGCUUGCUAAAUUAUGUAAUCAGGUUGUAGAGCUUCGAGUAUGGCUGGAAGAAUACCCAAAUGAUGUUGCUGCUCUUGUUUUGGCUGACUGUAGCCACUUUGAUUAA